AUGCUUAAAUCCAACACAAACUACUCAAAUCAAACACCACUAUUACCAUCUUAUAUAUUUGGUAAAAGAAAUCAUCUACACAAAGAGAAUAAUCAAUAUACCAAUAUUUUUAAUGUUGAAAAUAAGGCUUGCCUUCUCCUAUCAUACUUUAAACCUAAACAAAUCGAAGUUAUUGAUUUAAUACGUGCUCGUGGUGAUGUGGCUUGUGCUUUAAGAUGA